AUGAAAGGCAUCGCCAUCUGCGUUUUGUGUUUGACGUUCCUUGGUCAAUUGAAAGCAGAAGAUAUCGAGGAGUAUAUGAAAUUACGAACAAAAUUAAUCGAAAUGGACUCCCAACUGACAGUCGGAAUCAAACAGCGUCUCACACACAAAGAGGAGCUUGUCAACGAUCAACUAAUGUUCCACAAAAAUGUAGAUAUAAGCCGUGUACCGUUUUAUAAACACUAUUUCCAGUACCAAGGUAUUAUGAGGCGCUCGAGAGUGUAUCAAAUGAUUCGACUUAUGCCCAAGGGAGCCGCGUUGCACGUACACGGCUCGCUAAUGCUAGAUCCUGAGGACUUGUUGAAGUUAACUUACGAGGACUACUUGUACAUGUGUUCAAGUUUAACCCACUUACGAUUUCACUUCUCCCUCACCACCCCCAAGGACCCCUGCCCAGUCGCAUGGAAACUCGUCGAAGAUUUGAGAAUGAAACAUAAAAAAGUUUCAGAAUUUGAUAGCAAAUUAAAAGAGCGGUUAACUUUAGGACCAGAGGAUGGUUUAAAUCUUGAAUCUGACGAAAAUGAAGCGUGGGAGCAAUUCGGAAAAACUAUAGCUGCGAUUCUUUCUUUAAUAGAGUACCGGCCUGUGCGCGAGAAAUACAUUUAUAAAUCGUUGCAGAAUCUGUAUGAUGACAACGUCAUGUACGUCGAGAUUAGAUUAAAUCUGCACCCUUUGUAUGAAUUAAACGGUACAUUUCACGACAGGAUGUACAUGGCGUCGCUGCAUAAUAACGUAGCGAAGAGAUUCAUGGAGGCGAACCCUGACUUUGCCGGCUUGAAGAUUAUACUAUCUCCUAGUAGAAAACUUAGUGCCGAAGAUAUACAAUAUGAAUUAGACGAAGCUCGCGCAGUGAAACUGACGCUGCCUGAUGUUAUUGCGGGGUUUGAUCUCGUCGGCCACGAAGACAGAGGUCGAACCUUAAAGGAGUUUGUGCCAGCUCUGUUACAAGAGAAAAAAGGGAUAGAUUACUAUUUUCACGCGGGUGAGACUAACCAGCACGGUACGCCGACGGAUGAGAAUUUAUUCGACGCCAUAUUGUUGGGAACGAAAAGGAUUGGCCACGCGACUUCUCUAAUCAAGCAUCCUGUGCUUAUUAAAAGCGUGCACCGUAGAGACAUAGCUGUGGAGGUGAACGUGAUAUCGAACUCAGUGUUAUCGUUGGUCAAGGAUGUCCGCAGUCAUCCGCUAGUGACAUAUUUGUCGCAGGGACUCCCCGUCGUGUUAUCGAGUGAUGACCCCGGCGUGUGGGGCGCGCGGCCUCUGACCGACGACUUUUACGUCGCGUUCGCGGCCAUCACCAACAGACGCCACGACUUGCGGGUGCUGAAGCAGCUGGCUAUCAACUCUAUAAGAUACAGCGCCUUAGAUGAUAAGGGAAAGACGAAGUUGUUUAGAACUUUCGCGAAGAGGUGGUUAGAGUUUUUAACCGCUGUUAUUCAGGAAUAUGACAUGGUGUGA